AUGGCUGCGGCUGCUCGGUUGAUCAACACCGCAUCCGACGUCAUCUGUAUCCCUGCAAUCACAGAUGUUAGCUUUACCUUUGAUCGGACCUCUUCGAUCAGCGGCAUCCGGUCGUCAACGGCGCCAUCAGGUUCCUUCAUCGAGCAUCCCAACAUCAGCUCAUCUCCGACAAGCAAUGAUGCUGACGGCCGCGCAAUGUUAAAGCCGGCUGGAGGAUCUAGCUCCGGCCAAGCCCGAGCGGCUCUUGGAACAUUCGGUGGCCGGAAGUCGACCACCCACUCCUCGACCGCACGCGAAAGAACCACCCGACUUCUCGCCGUCGAACUGCCCAUCGUCGGCAGCCUCCACCUACUCGGCAACCAGCCGCACCGGUCUCUUGCCCGCCUCAGUAAAAUCUACGGCCCGCUCAUGUCCCUGCGCAUGGGCUCGGUCACCACGGUGGUCGUCUCCUCCCCUGAGGUCGCCCGCGAGUUCCUGCAGAGGCACGACGCCGUCUUCACCAACAGGUCUGUGCCGGAUGCCACCGGCAACCAUUCCAGGAACUCCGUGGCCUGGCUUCCGAACGAGCCACGCUGGCGCGCGCUCCGGAAGAGCAUGGGCACCGAGCUGUUCUCGCCGCACAGGCUGGACGCCCUCCAGCACCUGCGGCGGGACAAGGUGCAGGAGCUCGUGCACCACGUCGGGCGGCUUGCUAGCAAUGGAGAGGCGGUGAACGUCGGCCGCGUAGCCUUCAUCACGAGUCUGAAUCUUGUCUCGCGCACCAUCUUCUCCCGAGACAUGACUAGCCUCGACGACCAUGGAGGGUCGAAGGAGUUCCAAGAAUUGGUAGUAGGCAUCAUGGAGGCUGUGGGGAGCCCGAACUUGUCGGACUUCUUCCCGGCGCUCGCCGGGGCCGACCUGCAAGGUUGGCGCCGGAGGUUGGCGCGGCUGUUUGCACGGCAGCACCGAAUCUUCGACACGGAGAUAGACGGGAGGCUGCGUGGCCGCGAGACUGGUGAGCCGAGGAAGAACGACUUUCUCGACCUGUUGCUUGAUGUCGCCGCGAAGGACGAUAACACGGCGGGGCUGGACCGCGACACGCUCCGGUCAAUGUUCACGGAUGUGAAACUAAGUUACACAGAGGCUGAUUUGCACUUGGUGUGCCCUUGUUUAUACAUUCAAACUUUAAGUUGAAAAGGUGGAUAGGUUUUGUUAAAAAAACUACAUUUUUGUGCUCAAUUCAAUGGAUGUAUAUCUGGGAAAGGCCACGGACUA